AUGAAGUAUCUGUCCCUUCUUUUCCUCCUCCCUCUCGCAUCUGCUGUAGCACUUCCAAAUCCGUUUCCAGAAUCAGAGGAAGUGAGUCCAGCAGGCGUGCAUAUUCGAGGGGUCUUCUAUGGCGGCAGCGGCUGCAAGCAGGGAUCAUUAGAUAUUGAAGUUGACGACCACGGCACCAAAUGUCCCAUCCGGACAAAGGACUUGUAUGCCGUGGGCGGACCGGAUACUACGUAUCCUGACCGUCGCCGGUUUUGCCAGUUGAACUUCGACCUCAUCUACCCUCAGGGCUGGUCAUUUUCCAUCCUAGGGGCCGAAUAUAAGGGCCGUGUUUCAUUGCAGAAGGAUUCCACAGCGUGGUUUAAAACUACAUACUAUUUCUCUGGAGAGACUUCCCAGGCAGUCAGCAGGAUGGAUUUCACGGGCCCUACAUCCAAGGAUUUCGAAGCACAGGACAUGGUGGUUUGGGACACCUGGUCGCCUUGUGGAAACACGCAAACCCUGCUUAACGUGAAGCAAGAGGUGUCGGUUCGCGGGACCGGUAAACUCGCGAGCACGUCCACAGAGGGACAGUUUGGACAUGCCGUGAUAUUCAAAUGGAAACGGUGCUAG